AUGUGGAAUUCCCUGCAGAAUGUGGUGAUUGAGGCAGAUCCGCUAAAGGGAAGUCAGGAGAAAGCUCAAGAAGAGAUUCCAGGUUUGAUCUUCAGUCUGAUUACUGUGGUAAAGAAGGGCAGUGGGGAGUAUGCUCCUGCUAGCCUGGAUGCUUCAGGGAGCAUUAUAAAUUACCCAGUGACCCUGUACGUCAAAUCUCCUACUACAGCAACUUGCACCACGUGGGGAUCUGAUCAUUUCAAUACCUUUGACAAUUACAUGUAUGACUUUUCCUCGAAGUGCAAUUAUAUAUUUGUCAGUGAUUGUUCAGACAGCUUUUCAGGCUUCAACAUUCAGAUUCGUAGAGGAAGUCAUGGAUACAUUAAACGAAUCUCAAUCCAGAUACUUAACAUUCAGGUCGUAAUUGAGAAUGGAAAUAUUCAAGUGAAUAACAAAAGAAGUGUUUCUUUACCGUAUAAUUUAAAUGGAAUACAGAUCAAGGCAUUUGGAGACUGUAUGAAACUGAUGGCCAAACAGAAGGGAUUUGAUCUGGUUGUUGCCUGGAAUUACAUAGAUUACUUGAUGGUUGAGCUUGGAGAUGAAUUUAGAAAUAAAACCUGUGGCUUGUGUGGGGAUUUCAAUGGGCAUCCUCAACUGAAUGAGUUUGAAUCUGAAGCUCCUGCGCUUUGUCCAGGAAACCAAGUCUAUCAGGAAUGUGGGUCACCUUGCUUGUCUACUUGUUCAAACCCACAGUCGACUUGUGAUAGUUAUGGAACAUAUGGCUGCUUUUGCUCAGAAGGAACGGUUCUUGAUGAUACUUCCACGAGCAAAAGAUGUAUACCUCAGCGUAAAUGCCCUUGCUUUCUAAACGGUCGUGUCUAUGCUCCUGGGGAGAUAAAGGAAUCACGAUGUAGUACCUGUGUUUGUGUCAUGGGUCAGUGGAAUUGCACUAAUCUUCCAUGUCCAGGAAGAUGUUCUAUUGAAGGAAGUUCUUUUGUCACAACAUUUGAUUCAAGAUCAUACAGAUUCCAUGGAGCAUGCACCUAUCUGCUUAUGAAAAGUGGAAAGUUGCCUAAUAAUGGUGCUAUAGAAGCCGUCUUUGAAAAAUGUGGUGCUACAUACUCAGAAACUUGUCUAUUACGCAUAAUAUAUGUCACAAACCAAAAAAAAAUCAUAAUUUCAAAUCGGAACACGAUAGAAGUCAAUGCAAACACCAAGAAAUUACCCUACCAAGAUGGGGAGAUCACAAUUUACAGGCAGUCUUCCCUCUACAUUCAGAUGGUUACCAACUUUGGCUUAGAUAUACAAAUCCAGACUCAUCCAGUGUUUCAGGUGUAUGUUGUACUUGAUAAGCGCUUCUCUACUACCACUCAUGGUUUGUGUGGCAAUUUUGAUGGCGACUCCAGGAAUGAUUUCAGCAGCAGUGUGGGCAUUGGGGAAGGGACGGCUGCUCUGUUUGUAGAUUCCUGGAGAGUUACUGAACACUGUAAAUGUGCUCAUGACAAAGAUACUGACCCCUGCUCACUAAGCCAAUCAAAUAGUAUAUAUGCCCAGUCCCAUUGUUCAGUAUUGUUGAGUACAUCCAACAUAUUUGGAAAGUGUCACUUUUUAGUGGAUCCUACAGAUUAUUAUCAGAGAUGCAAAUAUGAGACCUGCAAUUAUGAAAGCAGCCAGGACUUUAUGUGUGCUGCCCUUGGAUCAUAUGCUCAAGCAUGUGCCACAAAAGGCUUAAUCCUGACAGGCUGGAGAAGUCUGGUAAAAGAGUGCACGAUUCUGUGCUCUAACAAUCAGGAAUUCACUUAUGACUCGAAAGCAUGUAACCACACCUGUUUCUCACUGUCCAAUCCAAAUCUUGAGUGCAGUGAAAAUAGCGUCCCAACAGAUGGAUGCAACUGCCCUCCAAGCUCUUACCUGGAUGAAACAAACACCUGUGUUUCUGCCUCCAGCUGUCCAUGCUUCCUGCCUGAUGGUGUUGUCCUAUCUGCUGAUCAGACGGCAGUCAUUUGGGGCAAAACAUGGGCAACACCUCAAAGUGCAGCAAACAGAUUCAAAGUCUACAACAAUCCACUUUAUCUAAAAUUUGAAUUUACAAUGCCUGGAAAACUUGAACUAAUAAUUAUCUGGAAUAAAAAUAUGAAUGCUUACAUCACAAUUACCAGGAUUUCAGAGUUUUCAGUAUGUGGACUAUGUGGUAAUUACAACGGUAAUUUGGAUGAUGAAUACAUAACUCAGAGCAAAUCUUUAGCCUCCAACGUACUGUAUUUUGCAAAUUCUUGGAAGGAGGAUCCUAUGUGCAAAGAUGUGACAGAAAUUGCAUCUCCAUGUGACAAAAAUCCAUAUCGUUUGGCAUGGGCAGAGAAAAUGUGUGCAAUAAUUAACAGUAAAGUAUUUGAAUCGUGUCAUAAACGGGUCUUCUGGAUGCCAUAUUAUGAUAACUGUGUUCGAGAUGGAUGUGGCUGUGAACUAGUUGGUGAUUGUGAGUGUCUCUGUGAUGCUAUAGCCGUCUAUGCUAAAGCUUGUUUGGAUGAAGGCAUUGCCAUUGACUGGAGGGCCCCGAGCAUUUGCCCUGUUUACUGUGAUUAUUUCAACUCUCAUAAAAUGAUUUCUGCUGAUGGUGCUACUUCUCUCAGUGGCACCAGUAGGUGGCAUUAUCAACCGUGCCUGUGCCCUGGCAACAUCCUAAUCUUUGGGAAGAACAAUAUGGAAGGUUGUUACAAUUGUGGCACAGAUGAAUACUUUGAUGAAGUCUUGAAACGUUGUGAGCCUUGUGGAAAAUCUUUAAUCAAACCAUUGGGAAAAUCUGAUGUGAAGGCCCGAACAAUAGUGACCUUUGCUCAUUACUUUCUCAGCCCCUCCCACACCGAAAACAACCGUUGCUGCACCAGUGAUUUUUCUUUCCUCCUUUCUCAGCCAACUUUCCUGGACGAUGGCCGACAGAGAGACCUUGGAUUUUCCGCCCUGCAACCCCUCCAACACCUAAAACAACUGUUCACCCUCACAAGCCAUUCCCCAACUUUCCUGGACGAUGGCCGACAGAGAGACCUUGGAUUUUCCGCCCUGCAACCCCUCCAACACCUAAAACAACUGCCAACAUUCCUGAACCAUUGCCGACAGGGAGACCAUCAACUCACGUACCUGCAACCAACUUUCCUGGACGACGGCCGACAGAGAGACCUUGGAUUUUCCGCCCUGCAACCCCUCCAACACCUAAAACAACUGUUCACCCUCACAAGCCAUUCCCCAACUUUCCUGGACGACGGCCGCCAGAGAGACCUUGGAUUUACACCCCUGCAACCCCUCCAACACCUAAAACAACUGCCAACUUUCCUGGACGAUGGCCGACAGAGAGACCUUGGAUUUUCCGCCCUGCAACCCCUCCAACACCUAAAACAACUGUUCACCCUCACAAGCCAUUCCCCAACUUUCCUGGACGAUGGCCGACAGAGAGACCUUGGAUUUUCCGCCCUGCAACCCCUCCAACACCUAAAACAACUGUUCACCCUCACAAGCCAUUCCCCAACAUUCCUGAACCAUUGCCGACAGGGAGACCAUCAACUCACGUACCUGCAACCAACUUUCCUGGACGACGGCCGACAGAGAGACCUUGGAUUUUCCGCCCUGCAACCCCUCCAACACCUAAAACAACUGCCAACGUUCCUGGACGACGGCCGCCAGAGAGACCUUGGAUUUACACCCCUGCAACCCCUCCAACACCUAAAACAACUGCCAACUUUCCUGGACGAUGGCCGACAGAGAGACCUUGGAUUUUCCGCCCUGCAACCCCUCCAACACCUAAAACAACUGUUCACCCUCACAAGCCAUUCCCCAACAUUCCUGAACCAUUGCCGACAGGGAGACCAUCAACUCACGUACCUGCAACCAACUUUCCUGGACGACGGCCGACAGAGAGACCUUGGAUUUUCCGCCCUGCAACCCCUCCAACACCUAAAACAACUGUUCACCCUCACAAGCCAUUCCCCAACUUUCCUGGACGACGGCCGCCAGAGAGACCUUGGAUUUUCCGCCCUGCAACCCCUCCAACACCUAAAACAACUGAGAGACCUUGGAUCUUCCGCCCAGCAACCAACAUUCCUGAACCAUUGCCGACAGGGAGACCAUCAACUCACGUACCUGCAACCAACUUUCCUGGACGACGGCCGACAGAGAGACCUUGGAUUUUCCGCCCUGCAACCCCUCCAACACCUAAAACAACUGUUCACCCUCACAAGCCAUUCCCCAACUUUCCUGGACGACGGCCGCCAGAGAGACCUUGGAUUUUCCGCCCUGCAACCCCUCCAACACCUAAAACAACUGUUCACCCUCACAAGCCAUUCCCCAACAUUCCUGAACCAUUGCCGACAGGGAGACCAUCAACUCACGUACCUGCAACCAACUUUCCUGGACGACGGCCGACAGAGAGACCUUGGAUUUUCCGCCCUGCAACCCCUCCAACACCUAAAACAACUGUUCACCCUCACAAGCCAUUCCAUGAGUCAUUUGCUACUUUCCAAACCCAACUGGUGCUGA